CCUUUUGAGUUUUCCUGCCAUUUUUUCCUCAAUUUUAUCUUGUGUUGUUUAUUAUAAAAGUUGCGAGUUAAGGCUUUCGCUAGUCUAAGAUUCUAGCAAAAAAAGCGAGAAAAACGAAUUGAACCUGUGGCAAAAUGUUUCAAUGAGACUGCAUCGUUGUUCAAUUAGAAUUAAAACAUCUUAGAGGGUUAAAAGAUGUUUUGGAGCAAUGGCUAAAAAUCCAUGACAUUAAAGAGUCAAAAAAUUUGAAAUGUUUUAAUUUUAAAAACAUUAAUACUCGCAAUUCAGCAAGUACUCCAGGAGCAGCUCUUAAAAUUUAGUCUUUUCGCGGACAUUCUAUAUUUAGUGUUUCGGAGACCUUUUUUAAAAAGUGAUGUAUAGAAUAUAUUGCUUUAUACGAAGAACUCAAUUAAAAAAGAAGUGGGGGACUGGCCUUACCAAUCAUGCAAAAACGCGAACCUGGUUUUCUCAAGUCAGUAAGCAACAGUAGAGUCUGUACAAUACAGAAACUUAAGCAACAUUUAGCCUCAAAAUUUCGUUAAAGAAGAACUAACGAUUGAUAACAAGUUGUGCUCAAAGUGUUCAUUAUAAUGUGAAUAUAUAAACUGUUAAUUUUUUAUAUUUGUGAGCUUUGGAUCUUGAGAUAUUUAAGGUCAAACUAGUCCUACGGUCGCCGCCAUGACAAUGUCGACAAGGACUUUCUGUUUGGUAAAAUACUAACUUCUGUAACGUAAGUCCGUAAUCUAAAUGAAAGGAGCGAAGGAAUUCUAAACUGUGCCUUCUGCGAUUGUCUAAGAUUAAUUUUAUUUAUCAUAUUUUGAAAUAAAUAUCUUUAUAAGAAUUAAAUAAUGUUUCAAUGUUAUAAAUUAGUUUUAGAGUUUUAGACAUUAGUUAUCUGGGGACGAAAAUUUAAAAAUAUUAAUGCCAUGUUGUUUUCGUGAUAUGUAAGAAUAUGUAGUUUUUUUCGUUAGUUCUCCUUUAAUAACAAAUGAGUGUAUUAAUUUGCUGACUCAUGCUAUAAUUACUGCGGAGCAUGCUGUCUCUGCGUAUACGUCAUAAGCCUUGUUUACCACAAAUGCCCUGAUUCCAUGUAUAUAUCAUAAGCCUCGUUUACCACAAAUACCCUGAUUCCGCGUAUAUGUCAAAGGCUUUCUUUACCACAAAUGCAUAACUUCCAGUAAGACAAUAUACUUUCAUCUCCUAUAUUCACACUCGGGAGUUGUAACUAAGACUAUAUUUAAAUACCUUCAUAAAUAAUUUGAGAUUUCUCAAUCACAACUCAAUUAAAAUUGCAUUCUAACGAGUAUGCUAAAUUAUGAAUUUAAACAGUUGAAACAUCAGUGCGUAGUUGUAUGGCAAGAUGUAAUUAAGUGUGAAGUUGCAACAAACGAAUAAGAAAAAAAAAGGAAGAAAAAAUUUUUGUAUCAACAUUGUGAUCAUGUCUGCUAGCGUGGAAGUUGGCGAUAUAUUUUUCAUUGUUAUUUUGUCAAUCCUUCUGGCGUGUAUUAUACCAAGUAAUGUCUUCGUCUCCGUUGUGAUUGUUAGGAAACGGUUGAUACAGAAUCCAAUAUGGUACUACAUUUUAAAUCUUGCAGUGUGUAACUUAGUAUCGGCAUCAUUUCUUAUACCGAUAAUGAUUUACGCGAGCUUCGAUGAAACGAUUUUGGAUAUACCGUGGUUGUGCACCGUUAACGGUUUUUUCAUGAUUGUGCUGUUUAUGGUAUCCACGACAACGCUUGCCUCGAUUAGUCUUCACAAAUAUGUAAAUAUAAGGAAACCUUUUUCAGUACUAAGUCGCAAAGAUCGUUCUUCAGUUUUUAUCUGUAUAAAUUGGUUAAUUUCGAUUGGUAUAGCAAGCUCGCCGAUGAUUGGCUGGGGUCAUUAUUCACACCCAGUUGGCAGAAAAUGGUGUGUUGUUGGCGCGAAUCGCACACUGGCUGGCCUAUCAUUGUUAGCACUUUUAGUUGUAGUUGGAUUUCUCAUCCCACUUGGUGUGAUGUUGUUUUGUUAUUUGCGGAUUUAUAAAAACGUGCACAAGAAUGUAAAAAGGAUUGGUAGAUUGAGUGUAACUUCGCUAUCCCAUGGAACAUGCGAUAAAAAACUUAUAAAAACUGUCAUAAUGAUUGUUGGAAUAUUUGCUUUGUGUUGGACUCCAUUUGCUGUUUAUGCGAUAGUUGGCAUUUCUCCUUUAGAGACACCAGUGACGCUUGGUAAAGUCGCGUGUACGUGCGUGUUUUUGCAGUUCGCGAUAAAUCCUAUUGUGUAUUCGUUUCGUCACAGUGCUUUCCAGGAAACAUUUUAUAGUUACAUUCGAGCAAACAAUGACUCCAAAUCAGACAUUUCAAACAAAGAAAAGGAGAAAGAUAUUGUCUUUGUUAUCCCCGAUGUGUUUGACACAAAAUUGUGAUUAUAUUUAAACUUGUCAAUAUUUUUUUUAAUUUAACAUCUGUUUUUAAUUUUCGUAACUUGUUGUUCUGAUGUUGCAACAAUAAAUUUAAAAUUUUCAACAUUUGUGUUAUUAAGAUUGGUAAAGCGUUCGACUUAUGUCCAAGAGGUCGUGAGUGCGAUUCCCACAUAAGGCCGUUGUCUGAUUGGACAGAAGUUUUAAAACGACUUUAAUAGCUCAAAUUGGAGCUUUAAACACUUUAAAACCGUCUUUGAAAUUCCUCCUGGAAACAAUUGAUAGGGCGUAACCCUCGAAAUUUUUGAGGCUAACCAUGCAGCAUAUAAAUCACUACUACUACCUACUAUGAUUCUUAAUGAAUUGCUAAAGAUGUAUUUUUUAAGUAAGCCUUAUAGUAAAAAAAAAAGUUAUAUUAAUAUAUUUUCUUGCAUGAUAACAAAACAUUUUAAUUUUGUUACACGUACAAAAGAUUUUCAAGUUGUUGCCGAUGAAGAGAAAUAUAUUUUGUUAAGAUAAGAACAUUUAAAUAUGUACAAAUGAUAAUACAAAGCAUUUCGUAAGUAAAAACUCUUACAUCGUCAGAUAAGUAUAUAUACUGGUGUAACUCGAAUCUCUUCAGAAUUGAAAAAACCUAUAACGAAUGUUCGAGUUAUCCCAAUAUUUCAUAAGAACUUACACUUCGAGUUGUUCUAAUUUCGAGUUAAGCAGAGCAAUGUAUGUUUCUACUUAUCGUUUGUGGUAACUUAGCUGUUACCACAUCUUGUGAAAUAACGGUUGUGCUUAAGUAUCUAAUCGAACUGACUAAUGAUAUAAAGGAAAUUU